AUGGCCGGCCCAGGCUUUGGCUCUGCUUCAGCUGCUAUCCCAGAUCUUUCCGCUGAUCUCCUGCCAAUAUUCCACGUUGAACACGUUCAGCUUCAAUUUCAAAUAGCUUCCAGCUUUGUUGCUGUCCAGGUUGCCAAUAAUGUUAUCAUUAUCGCCCUCGCUUCUGGAAGGCUUCUACGGAUAGAUUUGGCCUCCCCUCAGGACGUCGAUGGUACGAUGAAGUCUUUCUGCUUGAAGGCUCGCGGCUAAUGGUUAUCUCGGCAGACAUCGACCUUCCCCGCAAGAUCUCCGAAGUCGGGGCUAUUCGUCGGAUCUUCCUUGACCCCACGGCUUCCCAUCUACUCAUAACUACUACCCACGGCGAGAACUUUUACCUCCAUUCACGGUCUACAAAGGCUCGACAUCUCUCCCGCCUAAAAUCCCUUCACAUCGAGUGCGUGGCCUGGUCACCUGCUCUACCAACCGCCUCAACACGGGAGAUCUUGAUCGGAACUCAGGAUGGGAGCAUAUAUGAAACCUAUAUCGAGGGAAUGGAAGAUAACUUUUUGAGGAAGGAUGAGAGGUACUUGAAACAGGUCUACAAGACUCCCGACAAUCACUCGGUCACUGGACUGUGGGUGGACGGACUGCCGGGGAACCAGCAAUUGAGGCGGGUGAUGGUUUCAACACCCGGGCAGAUAAUGCAUUGGGCUGGGAAAGUGCAGAGGCAUGCUGAUCCAGGGUCAAUAUUCUUUAAUUUUUUUGAUUCGGAGGCUCCAAGUACGUUCCGGCAUUCCUAUGUGUUUCAUAGGUGACUAAUGUAAUCUAGUAAUUCAGGAUUUCCGUGACACAUCGGCUAGCCAUAGCAUGCUUUCAGUAUCUCCGGAAUCUUCUGACGAGUAUGAGCCCGAGAGAUCGUUUGCGUGGCUCACAGCUCCAGGGAUAUAUCACGGGAAGCUUCUUAUUGCGCCACAAAACCCUGACCUUGGCGCCCAUGUCCUGUCUACAUCAAAACUGUUUUCAUCGGAUUCCCUUCCGAAUGCAGAUAGUCCAGUAGCGUCAAUAGCUCUAACGCACCACCAUGUGCUGGUGCUCACGGACACCACUCUUUACGCUAUCAACCGGCUAGAUGAUAGCAUUGUGUUUCAACAAACCUUGGUGGACCCGGGAACGACUGUUUUGGGUCUUUGUAGUGAUCCCAAGAAAUCCACUUUCUGGGUUUUCACCUCAGCAGAUAUAUACGAGAUCGUGGUGACAGAUGAAGAGAGAGAUUUGUGGAAGAUUUUGCUAAGGGAAAAGUCGUUUGAGAAAGCUAUGAGGUUUGCCAAAACUAACUCACAAAGAGACCAGGUAGCCACCAAGCAGGGCGACUACCUAGCGGCAAGCGGAAGAUAUGUGGAGGCAGCUGAGACCUGGGGACAGAGCAGUAAGAGCUUCGAGGAGGUAGCUCUAACCUUUCUGGAAAGGGGCGAACAAGAUGCCCUGCGGAUGUACCUGUUGGCUAAAUUGGCCAGUCUAAAGAAGAGUGUAAGUCGAUCUAUCCAGCGACAUAUCUUCGGCUCGAGGUUGGCUAAGUUGGCUAACAAGGCGACAGUCUGUAAUGCAAAGGAUCAUGGUUGCUAGCUGGCUGGUCGAAGUCUUUAUGGCUAAACUGAACACCCUAGAGGAUGCUGUUUCCACGCUAGCCUCUAGUGCUGGUGCCGGGGCAGUCACAUCACCUAACAUUCAGGCACAGUUGACAUCGGUUCAGCUCGAAUAUCAAGACUUCGUCAGCAAAUAUAACUCGGAUCUUGACCGGAAGACAACCUACGAGAUCAUAUCUUCACAUGGCCGAAGGGAUGAGUUACUGUACUAUGCAAACAGUGUACACGACUACGGCUAUGUGCUGGCGUAUUGGAUUCAACGAGAAAAGUGGCUAGAGGCCUUGGACGUGCUAAAGCGGCAAAACAAUCCGGAAAUCUUCUACAAGUACUCCAGCGUUCUGAUGAGUAAUGCUCCUAUGAAGACGGUGGACAUUCUAAUGCGUCAAUCAAAUCUUAAUCCCCGCAAUCUAAUACCAGCGAUGCUCAACUACAAUAAGUACGCAAGGGUGGCCCUUGAGAAGAACCAGGCUGUUCGCUAUCUUCUGUUUGUAAUACAUCAGAAUGGUUCCACCGAUGCCGCGGUUCAUAACACGCUAAUCAGCAUAUAUGCCUCGCAUCACUCGAAAGACGAGUCCUCGUUAUUAGAGUAUCUCGAAUCCCACACCGCUGAUUCCCGGUACGAUGCAGACUUUGCGCUCAGGUUGUGCAUUCAGCAUAGUCAUGUCCAGAGCUGUGUACAUAUCUACUCAAGCAUGGGCCUUUACUUGCAGGCCGUCGAACUUGCACUAAAGCACGGGAAUGUCGAACUCGCUAGUGUCAUAGCGGAUAGGCCAGAAGAGGAUUCAGAAUUGCGGAAACACCUGUGGUUGGCGGUUGCCAAAGAGGUAAUCCGAGGAGCAAAGGAUAUCAAAACGUGAGAUUAUAACCCAGUUUUUAUUAGCUCACUUAUACUAAUAUACACUGAACAGAGCAAUUGAGUUCCUAAAACGCUGUGAGCUUCUAAAAAUCGAAGACUUGAUACCCUUUUUCCCAGACUUUACCAUAAUCGACUCUUUUCAGGAAGAAAUCUGCACAGCUCUCGAAGACUACUCCCACCACAUCGACCAACUCAAGAAAGAAAUGGACGAGUCCACCCACACCGCCAGCCACAUCCGCAGCGACAUCAUAGCCCUAGACCAACGUUAUGCCAUAGUCGAACCCGGCGAACGGUGCUACGUGUGUCAAUACCCCCUCCUCUCCCGCCAAUUUUUUGUCUUCCCAUGUCAACAUGCCUUCCACUCUGACUGCCUCACGGCAGAGGUGGUUGCGGGCGGAGGCGUGGGCAGGAGUAGGAAGGUCCGGGAGCUUAAGGAGGAGAUUGAGCAUGCAAGGGGGAAACGCCGUGAGGCAAAGGUAGAGGAGUUUGAUGCGUUGGUCGCGGCGGAGUGUGUGCUCUGCAGUGAGUUUGCUAUCAAGAAGAUUGACGAGCCGUUUGUUAGCCUGGUGGAUGAUUUGGCGGAUUGGGCUUUGUAG